CAUGGCCGACGUGGAAGACGGCGAGGAGCCCUGCACCCUGUCCUCUCACUCCGGGAGCGCCGGCUCCAAAUCCGGGGGCGACAAAAUGUUCUCUCUAAAGAAGUGGAACGCCGUGGCCAUGUGGAGCUGGGACGUGGAGUGCGAUACGUGCGCCAUCUGCAGGGUCCAGGUGAUGG